AUGCCCCUUCCAAAGGGGCCGUUCACUGACCAAGUGGUGAUUAUCACGGGUUCAAAUUGUGGUAUAGGGCUGGAAGCUGCCCGUCAUUACGUUCAACUGAACGCCAAAAAAGUCAUCCUUGCCGUUAGAAACUUAGCAGCCGGAAAUGACGCCAAAAAAUCUAUUGAAGAAACAACAAAACGCUUAGACGUUGUUGAAGUAUGGGAUCUCGAUAUGUCAACCUCUGCUUCUGUUCAAGCGUUCGUCCAGAGAGUCAAGACAGAGCUGCCUCGACUUGAUGUUGCGGCAUUAAACGCAGGGGUGGCCACCAUCGAAUGGACUGUCUCCCCGGACGGCUUUGAGCAGACGCUUCAAGUCAACGUCAUCUCCACUGCUCUUCUCGCUGUACUUCUCCUACCCAAGCUUUAUGCUACUGCUGAUGAAUAUGGCGUAACGCCCCGACUCUCCAUCACGUCUUCGGGGAUUCAUGAGGUUUUGCCGCUGCCUGAAGUGCCGCAAGACGAAAAUGUGAUCCAGUGGCUCAACACUGAGAAGCACUUUGAUACCAAACUUGGCUAUUAUCAGGUCUCCAAGCUGCUCGAGGUGUUUUACUUUCAGGAGCUCGCCAAGCAUAUCAAGGAAAGAGAAGCUGGCAAACCCAAAGUCAUCCUGAACAUGAUCGAUCCUGGUCUCUGUCAUUCUAACCUGCUUAGACAUCGUGAUUCGCUGAUGUUCAGAGUGAUUAAGUUUCUCCUUGCAAGAUCAUCUGAGGUUGGCUCGAGAACGAUCGUCAAUGCCAGUGAAAAUGAUAAUUUUGAGACGCACGGGAAAUACCUCAGCAACUGUGUCGUGUUUCCUACUGCAGAGCAUGUGAGAAGCGACAAAGGCAAGGAGGCACAAGUGAAGAUUUGGAACGAGAUGCAUGAUAUUCUGUACAAGAUCAAUCCCGAGACAGCUGCCAUUGUCGAUGGACAGUAG